AUGACAACCCAUAAUCUAACAAUUACUCCCGAUAGAUAUUUCAAACCAGGGAUCUCUUUGAAUGAAGCGAAUAUAAAAACUUUUCGUGAUCUUUAUCGAAGAUUGUCAAAAGUUAAUAAAUUUGAUGGCCAUGACGUUGAUAAAACAUCACUACUAAAGGCUGCUCAACAACUCGGAAUACAAGCUGAUCUGGAUGACCACCAAGAGAUAUUGCAAGAAUGUGUCAAGUACGAAGAUGAUGAGCAAACCUUCUUAUGUGUCGACAUACGUAUCCAAGGUUCAGUACAACAAUUGUCAUUAGGUCUUCAUUCCAUUCGUCCAUCAGCAUCAGAAUCAUCAAAAGAAGAUAAAGUACCAACAAUUUUGACCGAAGUUAAAUGUGUACUUAUCAUCAAACGUCAAGGAAAAGAUAUGAACGACUUUCUUCAUACGUUUCUCUUGCAAAUUGUCAAGAAAGACAGCAUAUACAAAUCUAGCAGUGAUGAUACCUGCUCGCCAUGUGACAACAAACGAUUUCUUCUUCAUCCUGGAUCGCUCCUUGCUUUAUUUAUUCAUGAACAAAUGAGCUUAUUAGGUACAAUUCGUCAGCGGUCAGCAGAACGUUUGCGUUUCGCUGAGCCUCUGAGCAUCACCGAUGAAUUUGGCACUUGGUCUUAUGAUCAUUUUCGAGGUCUCUUCGAAAUUGAACUUCGUUCUCAUCUUCAAAAAUCCUUCCCAUCUUGUUGGGUCCUUGCCAACGAUGCUCGCAUCCACUGUCAAUUUGUUUUUAGUGGCACGCGACAAGCUAAUGAAAUUGCAAGCUCAUUCAUCUUCGAACGUCCACGUACGGGUUCUCUUGAACUGUUCGUUGAAGAUGUCUGUGCCAAAGAGGAUAAUAUGAAAGCUAAACAAUGGCUUGAAGCAUUGUGUGCCGAGGACAUUUUUUCAUUUCCUCAUCUAUCCAAUUUAAAACAAACCGAAUGGGACAAUAUAAAAAGAUUGUCAAUGAAUGCAAAGAGAAUACUGAAGGCAGCAGUUGACCGAGAACGAGAGAAUGCUGCUGAUGAUCGACGACGUUCCUUUGAAGAAAGUUCACCGGAUGGAGAACUUCCACGAUCAGCAGGUAAUUACAUUGAUACAGCUGAUAAAUAUAUUAGACUUUCAUUUUUAGGCAAUCUACCUAGAGAAUCUCGCUCCGAACUUCUUGCUAAUCUUCAUUUGAUCAAACUCUUUAUCUAUCACACGCUACGUUUUGAACGAGCACUUCAAAAGUACGGUGCUCUAUCCAAACUAGAGCCAGUUUGUAUCGAUGCAUCAUUCACUGAGAUGCGAGACGAGGGGUUUGCUGAUGAUGGACUCUUUUCAACAAUGGGCGAGUUCUUUCUGCCCCUGACCAUAUCUGAACAAGAAUUAAGACUGACGAGAUCUAAUGUCAGUAGUCAAGUACGACAAGAUCAACUAAACGACCACAUCAACGAGGUUCGGCGCUUGGAAAAAUUGUUGAAUGAAGCAACAAUGCAUCGAUGGGAUAUUGAUGAAAAGAUUACUGAUCUCAAUCGGACAAUAGAGCAGGCAUAUGUGUUAUAUUUAAACGAGCGAUUACAAAUGAAUACGGCAAAUACAUCGCGUGAACAAGCGGAAGAGUUGCAGCAAAUUGAGCGACAAUGGCAAUACAAUCGAACACAAUUCGAAAAAAAGUUGCUUCCAUUGAAAAACACAUUGGAUCAAUGGAUAAGUCAUGCUACAGAUUAUGAGAAACAGAUAGAUGAACAUAAUACCCAGAUCAACAAUAUUCAAACCGAAUUGAGUCAACCACAACUCCCCGUUGACAAAGGACUCAUUAAGCCUGCGCGUGGAUUCAUUAUGUAUGGACCUCCUGGUAUGUAA